AGCAACUGGCAUAAAAAUUGAAAUUUACAAAACCCUAACCCCUUUUUCAUAUUAGCCCCCUUUCCUGCUUCUUCUUCUUCUUCUUCUUCUUCCUCCGUCCCCCUCCCCAGUUUCCUCUCUCUUCAUCAAAAAAUGCCGAAAUCCAAAAGAAAUCGCGCAGUGACCUUAUCAAAGACAAAGAAGAAGGGAAGAGAGCACAAGGAGGUAAUUGUUAACUCAAUUAGGGAGGCAGCAGAGAAGUUCCCUUCUUCUUACGUCUUCGCUUUCGAGAACAUGAGGAAUCUUAAAUUCAAACAGUUCAGAGACUCCAUUAAGUCCUCCGGCAGAUUCUUUCUUGGAUCAAACAAAGUUAUGCAGAUUGCUUUAGGGCGCUCUGCUUCCGAUGAGCUUAAACCAGGUCUUCACAAAAUUUCAAAGUUCCUGCGUGGAGAGACCGGUUUGUUCUUUACAGAUAUGCCAGAGGAAGAUGUCAAAAAGGUUUUUGAGGAGUUUGAAGUCUUUGAUUUUGCAAGGACGGGUUGCAAUGCUACUGAAAAGGUGGAGCUCAAAGAAGGACCUUUGAGUCAGUUCAGCCAUGAGAUGGAGCCCUUCCUACGCAAGCAAGGAAUGCCUGUGCGAUUAAACAAAGGUGUGGUGGAGCUUAUUUCCGACUUUGUCGUUUGUGAAGAAGGGAAUCCUUUGUCACCUGAAUCAUCACGUAUCCUGCGUCUGCUUGGAAUAAAGAUGACUUCUUUCAAGCUUCAUCUGAUAUGUAGUUUGAGAGGUGAUGAUUUCGAGGUGUACAGAGAAGGAUUGGAAGUAUCAGACAUCGAAUCUUCUUAAAGAUAUAACUGGUUUUUGAUGUGAGACUGUUCUUUUUGGUAGAGAUGAAACUUAGAUAGGAGAUAGGUUCGUCCUCGUCCCCUGGUGUUUCUGUCCCUUGAAUGUUCAGUUUUUGCUAGUCACGGGGAGCCUGGAGCCUAAUUUGAUUGUCAUUUUAUUACAGAAAUUUCAAUGUAAUCGGUUUUUGAGUACUCUGUGUGUACUAUUAUGUAGUAAAGAGCAAAGAAAAUUUUGAUGAGAUAGUAAAACAAGUGAUGCUAAUUUAUUGCUUAUUA